AUGAGUGACAUCAUAGACCCAGUUCUUCGCAACUUUGAAGCACGUGUUGAAAAGAUCAUUUUGAUCGAAUUAUUGUCGAAUAAAAAUCUCGUUGAAGUAGAAGAGAUGCAAGAGGAAGGUUUCGAAAUGAACAAAAAUUGUAAAAUGGAGACGGCGGAGAAGAAUGAUUUUGUCGAUGAAGAGAGGAGUGUUAAGAUGGACAAAAAUGGCAAAAUGGAGAACGAUGAUGCUGUCGAUGAACCAGCAAAAAUGGUUUUAAUUUCCAAUGAAGGCGGUCGCAACGAAGUUGCUAAAGAUUUAUUACUACAGUCCAGUGAUUAUUUUCAAGCCCUGGCAAACAGUGGAAUGAGAGAUGCAAACUUCAAAGAACUUACGCUGGAGUGUCUUUCUGACGCAUGUCUACAUGAAGUCGAACAUUUUUUAUCGAAUGUACAAAGCAACGAGGAUCAUUUUGGUGCCAGGGACUUGUGCUACGUGGAAAAAGGUUUAGAGGGCUCACUCUAUCUUCAAAUUCAAAGCAUGACAGAUAAAUAUCUCAACAAUUUAUUUGAACUAUUGAAUGAAUCAACUUACGCACGCAUUUUGCAGUUCGCCAACAAGUUCGCCGUGUUUGGAGCAAUCGAGAGAGUUUUUGAGUUCAUUUUCGACAAUUUUAAGUGUAUUAUCUCGAGAUCCGAAAUACUAUCACUGUCACCAGAUGGAAUGAUACGCUUGGUUGAAUCGGAGCUAGUUAAUGCUGUUCGCGAGUUAGAUAUUUUCGAUUUGAUUAUAAGAUGGACUGCAGCUGACGAAUCUAGAGAGCAGUAUGCAAAACAACUGUUCAGAAAGGUGAGGUACAAUUUGAUGGCGGUGCAUGAAAAAAUGAAGGCUAAAAAGGUACUUAAAAAGUUAGAAAUAAAUAUUCGGAGUAAAGGCCAUGGUUUUCGUACAGUUGGCACGAUAUUAGGUUUCGGAUAUUCCAGGUUCAAGAUUGGCAGUCCUAAAAUUGGCUGUUCUCUAUCCAUUUAUGACUUUCUCAAAACUAUAACCAACAAAGCCAAUCAGUCUCCCGUAGUCGUCUUCAAACCUACUAAGAUUUGGAGACAGAGUUCUCAUUUUCGGAAUUACAGUAGUCACAGAGUUUGUGCAGCUAACAACAGAAUUUAUUUCGCAGGGGGUUAUUACAGAUAUAAUUUACCAAAAGACCUUGUCAAAGUGUACAAUACAAUCACCCGCAAGUGGUCACGACUAUCUAAUAUGCUUGUCGCAAGAGGUUUUUUCUACUUCGGUGAGAUGGGAGGACAUUUGUAUGCGGUUGCUGGCGAGGGAGUUACUGGCGAGAAUACUCGGACGGUAGAGAGGUACGCUCCAGAUAAAGACAAAUGGAAGAUUAUUGCACCUCUGCCUAUUGCUGUCCUGGCACCAUCAGGCACUGCACGCAACGGUAUGCUCUAUGUCAGUGGGGGGAUGAUAUCAUAUCGUAAUCCAGCCAACAAGAUGUAUAUGUACAAACCCGCGCUUAAGCAGUGGUUUGAAAAGGCUCCGAUGUUGGCUGGACGUUAUGAUCACGCCAUGGCUGCGUUAGGAGACAAAAUUUUCGUCUUUGGAGGAAAUUGUUUAAGAAUCGUAAAUGGUUUAGAAAGCUUUGAAUUAUCUGCUCAUGACGGAGAGAUGUUUGAUUGCAAAGCUGAGCAGUGGACGCAAAUACUGAGAAACAAGGUGCCUUCUUACAGCGUUAGACAUCACAUGCUCAUCAACGACUCCCUGUUCUGUUUUUUCCACGAUCUAGGCAAACCUCAUUAUUCUAUACUUGAAAUCAAAUUGAAAAAAGCGACGAUAUUGAUGCAACAAGAUUUCAUCAACACGGAUGUCCCAGGAUUCAGCGAAGAAUCGCGACUUAAAUGCGUGUCGUUAUUUUCCAUGAAAGCUAUGCCGUACUCGCGGCUGAAACAUGGAUAUCCAUGGGCUGAAAUUAUUUUAAAAACCUGCCUUCUCAGUGGUGUUCAACUUUCAUUGUUACAUACAUAUAUGAACACGCUAUUCGUUGACCAGGUUCUUCGCUUACCACGUGGUACGGUCAUGAUAGUUUAG